AUGGAUUAUGUGGUAGCAAUAACAAUUGAUAAUGAUAUCAUUGGUGAUCCAGAUAUCGAAUGUCUUGAUGAAGAAAUUCGUAUUUUUGUUAAAACUCGAAAAAUAUUCAAUGGUCGAAUUUAUGCAAAAGGAAAAGCGGACAAUUCCGCAUGCAUUAAGGAUAAUUUUGCUCAAGAAAGGACAACGAAACCACAUAUGUUUUUAAAAUUUGGAACAUGUGGCAUGAGAAGCUUACGAUCCAUUGAUCCGCGAGGAAUGUAUUAUGGCAUUACUAUUGUUGUUUCAUUUCAUACAUUAUUUAUUACAAAAGUUGAUCAAGCAUUUCAUGUUAAAUGUUUUUUCGAGGAAGCUAGCCAUGGAUUAACUGCUAAAUUUGGUGUUAGUAUGAUUGCAACAACAGAAAUGGAAGCACGUCAUCCAAUUCCAGGUUGCUCAUAUAGUAUUCAUUCAAGUAGUAUUGAUGAUAUUGAAGCUGGGAAACCUGCUGGACCUAAAAUUAAAUAUGCUCGAAUUGGUGAUCGAGUACUUCAUCAAUGGCACUGUGAUGAUCAAAUGUAUGGCAUACUUAUAAAUAAUUGUUAUGUUACUGAUGGAUUUGGUAAACGUAGCGAAGUUAUUGAUUCAAAUGGAUGUUCAAUUGAUCCAAUUCUCAUUACGGGUAUACGUUAUUCAUCUGAUUUACAACGUGCUUACGGUGAAAGUAUGGUAUUUAAAUUUGCUGAUCGACCAGGUGUUUGGUUCUUUUGUCAAAUUCAAAUGUGUAUGAAAAAAGAAGGAAUGUGUAGUGGAAUAACGCCACCAUCAUGUUCAUCACAAAUUAAUAAUAAUAAUGCAUACGGUACAAACGAGAUAUAUGAAGGACAAGAAAUUUCCGGACGAAUAAAACCGUUUUCAUUAACAUUAUCAUCAUCAUCAUCAUCAUCAACAACAACUAUGAAAACAGCAAAGAACAGAGAAAGGUCAAAAAUUGAAAAUUUGGAAAGUGAAAUGGCAAUUAAUGCAAAAUCAAUCGAUGAAUAUUCAGAAGAAAAUGCUAGGAAUGCGAUAGAAAAUGAAGAAAAUGAUGGAAUUUAUGAUGAAUUAGAAUAUGCGACAUUAGCGCAAAAUGGUCUAAGGAAUGAAGAACAUCCAAGGAUUAUAGCAAAACAGAAAUUAUCAACAGCUACAACUGAUAAGGCAUUGGUGACAACAAUUUUUGAAACAACUGAUGAUUACAAUAUUGACACAAGACAUGUUGAUAAAGAAACUGGAAAACAAACUAGCAAAAAAGAAUAUAAAGAAACUGAAUAUGAAGAUAUAACAGUUGGAUCAAAUUUAAAUGAUCUUUUGGCUAAUUUACCGGAUCAAGUAAAUGCUGAUUCAUUACAGAAAAUGUUUCAUGAUUCGGUGGAAAAUCGUCGAGCACUUAUGCGAAGUUAUGAUUAUUUAAUAAAUCAGAUGGAAGAAAAUAAAAUGACUAAGAUGACAACAAAAUCAUCAAAUAUAAAAGGAAAAUAUAGACGUGGUGAUAAAAUCAAAACAUACAAGGUAUUUUGGGAUUCAGUUCGACUAGCUGAUAAGCCAUUAAUAGCAGAAACAUCUAUUAUUGAUCCGGAAAAUCCGGAAAAUAACAAUAAUCAUUUGAUGGCUCAAAAUGUUGACAUAGUAUCGUCAACGAUACAUGAUAAUAAUGGCCUAGGCUCAACAAUGAUUGCUGGCCAAUUAAUUAUUUAUGAUUUGGAUGAAGAGCCACCAGUUGCUAAUCAGUUAAAAAAUAAAAAAAGAUCGACAUUAGCAGCAAAACAUUCGUUGAUCAGCAGAUAUUAUGCAGUAUCAUAUGAUUAA